CCCCUCAGUCGGCUUCCAGAGUUCAGGAGGAAGAAGUAGACAGUGUCCAUGUGUUUAGUGUUUACUAGAUAGCUACUUGCUUUGGAUUUGAAUUACAAUCUCGGGCAAAGAUUGCAAUUAUACAUGUUGUCAGGGACCACUCUAAAACAUUGGAUUUUAUUUUCAGUCCUUCAGGGUUUUUUGCUUAAUUUCGUGCCAUUGUCACGCUGAAAAAUUCUGAAACUGGUUUUGUUAAUACAUGAGACAUCAUGCCGAUGAGUACGAGUCUGGCGAGUAAAAACUACGAUUACGACUACGACUCCAUCCAACCAUAUUUCUACUUCGAUAACGAUGAUGAGGACUUCUAUCACCAUCAGCAGGGACAGCUUCAGCCACCAGCUCCCAGCGAAGACAUUUGGAAGAAAUUUGAGUUGUUGCCAACACCGCCUCUCUCCCCAAGCCGCCGACCCUCGCUUUCCAGGCUGUUGCCCUCCAAAGAGGACCAACUUGAAAUGGUGACAGAGUUCCUCGGAGACGACGUUGUUAAUCAUAGUUUCAUAUGCGAUGCGGACUAUUCCCAGUCGUUUCUCCAGUCAAUCAUAAUACACGAUUGCAUGUGGAGCGGAUUUUCCGCCGCCGCGAAGUUGGAGAAAGUGGUUUCUGAAAGACUUGCAUCACUUCAAGCUGCAAGGAAAGACUCGUCGUCAAGCGACAGUACGGAAAACCACGCCAGUCGAUUGAAUGCCAGCUAUCUGCAAGAUCUCAGUACCUCGGCUUCGGAGUGCAUCGAUCCCUCCGCUGUCUUCCCAUACCCGCUUACGGAGUCUCCCAAAGGCAGCAAGGUGAAAACGCCACCCACGCUGCCGCUGGAAACGCCACCUAACAGCGGCAGCAGUAGUGAUUCAGAAGACGAUGAGGAAGAGGAGGAGGAUGAAGAUGAAGAUGACGAGGAGAUCGACGUGGUGACCGUGGAGAAACGGCAGAGGAGGAGCGAGGCUGAGGCGUCCGACACACGGCAUGCGAGCCCUCUGGUCCUCAAGCGCUGCCACGUCUCCACCCAUCAGCACAACUAUGCUGCCCACCCCUCCACCCGGCACGAGCAGCCUGUCAUCAAGCGCCUGCGUCUGGAGGCCGCCCCGGGGGGCGGGGGAGGGGGCGGCGCUCGGCCUGGCAAGCAGAGGAAGUGUGCGAGUCCCCGUACAUCGGACUCGGAGGACAAUGACAAGCGGAGGACUCACAACGUGCUGGAGCGGCAGAGGCGGAAUGAGCUCAAGCUGAGCUUUUUCGCACUGCGUGACGAGAUUCCUGACGUAGCCAACAAUGAGAAAGCAGCCAAGGUGGUCAUCCUGAAGAAGGCGGCUGAGUGCAUCCGCAGCAUGCAGACAGAUGAACAGAGGCUGCUGACUGUCAAGGAGCAGCUCCGGAGGAAGAGUGAACAGUUAAAACACAGGCUACAGCAGUUGCGGAGGUCCCGGCUUUGAGCCUGUGAGACAGACUUAAGAAAAAAAGACAUCUUAAAAGUUGUUCCCCCCCCCACCCAGCUUUUUAUGCAAGUUAAAGACUGUUGCUGUUGUGAUGUUGCAUGCCCAAUGCAGGUUUAUUUGUUUUUUUUGUUUGUUUGUUUUGUUUUUUUGUUUGGCUUUUUUUUGUUGUUUUCUUGGUCCAUGUUUAAAACUGCCACAAUUUAAAGUUGAAGAGGUGGUCAAAUAGAAUAAUUUGUAUUUAAGUCAUUUAUUUUUAUUAAUAAAAUUAA